CUUGAAUUUCGUUUAAAAACAUUUAAAAGAAAUUUUACCCCUCUAUCAUAGCAUGCGACGAAUCCCUGUGAUUUGUACUAGAGCUUAACUGAAAAAUGGCGACUUCCAUAAAAGAGGAUGCUGAUGUCCAGGUUACGUUUGAAGAUCAACAGAAGAUCAACAAAUUUGCUAGAAGUAUUGCCAAGCUACAAGAUAUCAAAGAAGAACUGAAGGCAAAGAAGAAAGAACUGGAGAAUCUAGAGUUUGCUGAAGAAGAGUUGAUGAUGUUAGACAGCGAUGAUACGCCCAUUCCAUACCAGGUUGGCGAGGUAUUUAUUAGUGUCGACUCUGACGAGACAAAUACCAUGUUAGAAAAGGCGAAACAGUCUACACGAGAACAUAUGGAAAACCUGGAAAAGCGGGCAGGAGAACAUAAGAAAACCUUGCAAGAUCUUAAAGUGCAGCUAUAUGCCAAGUUUGGUACAAAUAUAAACUUAGAGGAAGAAGAGGACUCCUAGUUCAUACAAAGGAUGUGAACAUUUUAUAAUUGUACUACAGAGGAUAAGUGUUUGAAUAUAUGUAAAGACUUGUUUGAUACUUUUCUUAAUGUCUGUAAGAAGAAAUGCAUAAUAAUAAUAUCAGUAAAAACAGUUGUCAUGAUGCCUGUACAAAUUGAAGUAAUAAAUCAGUCUAAAAUUCUUGUAAGAAGAAAUUAAGCAGUCAGCAGACUUGUCGUGAUAUGUGUGAUAAUACUUUAAGAAGCACUAAUAUAUUUAAAGAAAAUAAUGUAUAGAAAAAUCAUGUUGAAACGUCUCUUAUACACAAAAAAGAGGUAAUACAUUAACAGAAUAAUUUCCAAGGGAAUGAAACAAAUUUAGACUGGGACACUUUCACAAACUAGGUUUGGUGCAGUAACUGGUGAGUGUUUAGCGGAAAUUUGUUGUGAUUCCUGACACAAGAGCUGCACAUGUAAACGAAACAAUCUUUACAGUAUCUAGCAGCUUCCACGUGCUUUCCAUCUUUUUCACAUUGCGAACAUGGAAAGUCAUAAAACGGUUCAUGUCCGCCCUCUAAUGUUGUAGAAAAAUCUCCUCCGGUAGCCAGAGUGAUUUAUCUGGUGACAUAUGUUUGUUUUUGAGUGUGAACGUUUAAGUAAAACAUAAUUUUGCUAUA